ACGAACGAUUACUGAUUAAAGAAAAGAACUAAUCAACCGGUCCGACCAAGCGAUCAGGCAGCAGCAGUCGACUACUGAUGACCGAAGUCCACCGUUCGCCGCUUGGUCGCCGUCGUAAAAGUGCUGUGAUGGUGCCGAUUGUAUUGGCGGUUCACUGAAAACGAAGAAAAAGUAGUGCCUCAUCGGUGAAAAAAGAAGUAUUAUUUGUGCAAUUCAAUGACUAGCUUCUCUACUAAUAAUAUUACGGUUAACUACUACACAAAAAUUAGUACUACUGCAUCAAUUACUCAUAAUAAUAACUUAUUCGACUUAUUACUAGUAAUAGAACUUCUUUCGCCUACUACAACCACCGUUUCUAUUUCUAUUACCACAACUACUGUCGAUAGCUGAUCGUCAGAUGAAGCCAUUGUGCUUGUCCAUUCGGUUCGGAUCAAUCUCAGCGAAUGAUUGAUCGAUAGGGCACGUGUGAGGGAACGAACAGUACGUAUGUUUUUGUGUGUAUAUCCUUGUUUUUGCAGUCGGUGAGACCCCCAUGUGUCCAAAGUGUCUGUGACGUGCGUCUAUUGGACCGCCUGGGGGUGGCAAAACGGCCGGGGAGACAACGCGAUUCUGCCGAAAAGCUCUGCAACGGCGAACUGUAGCCUUCAAUGUAGAUAACAACACCUCAAAGAAUUCCUAGUGAUCGUUGUCGUCGUCAUCGUGACUCUGGAACGGUGCUAAGCAGAAAAACAGAUCAUUUGACCAAACCGGUUCUCAGCCGUUUGUCCGUCUGUUCGUUCGUGCGUUGAAUGUGUGGCAGCGUCAUAAAACUGCUGAUGGUUGUCCUGAUGAUGGUGUAGUGCGUGGCGGCGGCAGCGACGGCGGCGACGUACGAAUGUGGGCGUGAGUGCGGGCCUCAAUAGCAGGACAAGGGACGUUCACUGCGAAUUUGCCGCGAGACGGCGUUUGCUGCUGUUGCUACAGGUAUUCCGUUAGCUGCGCGUGCAAAUGGCCACGACCCGCGUGGUAUUUGUAGCGAUCACAGCGCUAACAGUGGAAAGUGCAAGGUCCACGGAGUUGAGAGCAACGGGAUGGAUAAAAGUAUGCUCAAAGGAGCAACUUUAAAAGGAGACCAGCCUGGGAGCCGUUUAGACAGUCUCACAUAUUCUAUACAGGCGUCGGCCAGCGUCGAUUGUGUUAUUCUCACCUUUAUAUAAUCGUCGAUGGUUCUGUAAUAGUUGGUUUAUUAGUCCUAUUGUCUGUGUAACAGACCAAUUUAUUGAAAUUAUCACAGUCGUUCUACUGAAAGAGCAAUAUUCGAAUCAGGAUGAGGAUAAUAUAAGAAUGGAAUUGAUACAGAAGGAGAAGGAUAUUUUAAUUGGAAUAGCUCGUCACUUGACUAGCGACUACCUCGUCUAGAGGUAAUGACGACAAGUAGACUAAGGGAAAUCAAUUGAAAUAAAUGAACAGCGAAAACAAUAGCUCACUAAGUAGAAAAACAGUAAAUAGAAACAUUUACUUUGGCGAUCGGCUGUGAGAAGUGCAGAAGCAAACAGACAGAUCCAAAGAGUACCAGGUGACCGUGGUGAAGCUGGUUGCCGUGGUCCCGCUCCAUUAUAUUAUUGAGCCGGUGUCGACGCCCAAUACGCAACGAAGAUGCCGGUAGGACGCAGUGCAAGACCCAGUCAGCCUCCCGGAGGCUACGAGCAAGUCCAGCGAAGUUAAGUGGGUAGACUAGAGUAAAACUAUACCGUUGCAACAUACUAAUCUGUCGCUUUGGUGCGCAAAACCCCUGCUUAACCCAUCUAGGGUCCACCAGGAAAGAUCUGGCCAUCUUUUCCUGUCGUUUGAGAUAUCUAGAAAGGAGGCCAUGAGGGGCGGCGGACGCUCGACGAGAUCAUAAUGACGAUAAAAAUCUUUGUGUCGCUGUGGAAACGAGUACGUCCGGGAGGGUACUCGCGGUGCUCAUCCGGCCUUCAAAAAGCUGCAAAGCGGCCCCCUCCUCCUCCCCCAUUUAAAUCAAAUCAUAGCUACCAUGCAACGGAUUAUGAUGAUAAUGAUGCUUCUGCUGUCGCUCAAAUUCUAAUUAGAUUUUUACGAGAUCUCGACGUCGCUGCUUACCUACACUGGGCUCCUACAGCAGCCUGCAUUUGUCGAUUAUCAAUAAAGGACGCCACGUCAUAGCCACGACGCGUCAAACCGGAACGCCGUGUGUGGUCUAGACUGAAAGAGGUAAAUAGAAAACAACGUCCUUGGAAUCAAUGCCAUAUUCCAGCAUCAAAUAAAAAAUGGUUCAGAGUAUUGAUGAGAAACAUCUGUUUUGACAGCGCUGCGAUAUCUGUACUCAGCCAUGUCUAGGAUAGUCUUUGGGGUAGAUCAGUUCAAAUUGUCAACAAUAAAUUACAAGUUUGUUCCUGCUAAUCCUGUUAUUGUUAUUAUCUGUCAGAUGUUGUUUUGAUCAUCCAUCUGCUAUCUGAUAAUGACAAUGACCUGGUCUUUUGCGUGAGUGGUGUCAUAGCGUUUUCACUCUAACUUUCGAAAUUCAUGCCACCAACCAAAUCCGUUGAGCGACUCGUCUACUGCUACAAAUCUGAUUUCGGAACAUUGACCUGCUGUGAGUCCUGCUGGUGAUCAGUGUAGGCGAAGUCCUGCUUUGCCCAAAGAAAGUGUGUAUGUGGAGUGCAUAUAAAAGGAGAAAGUUCCAUACAGAAGUGCCUGAGCCUUUUAGAGACUAGUUUGAGCCAGAUACAGCAGUAACAUACAAUGCGGUCGUGAGUACGCUUAGCGCUCGCGAUAAAAUAAAGAAUGUAGUGCCUAUAAACUCUCAUAGUCUCAUGCAAUAUGUAGAAGCAAGUCAUUUCUACUAUUGCUGCUCGAACUACUGGAAGUAUUCUACAUAUCGAUUUAUCAACUUUAGCUGACUGGCCGGCCCAAAAUUACGAGGCUGCUAUUUUUCUCUCGAGAGUCUGCGGCGCUGACUGAAACAACAAGAGAACCCAGGCUAGGACAUAGCAGGAACGCAACUGAAAUCCAUCAAGGCCACAAGGCGCCUUCAUGGCAUGGUUGGCCGGCAUAAGAUUGGUGAUCGACGCACGUGUCUUUUAGAUCGUUAGCUUUCUUUUAUUGGAAUUAUUAGCAGUGGCUUAAUUCUAUCUACUGCUAUGAUUAUGCGUAAAAUUAUGAUCCUUUCCAUACGUGCAGAAACAUAGGUAAACAACAACAACAGCAAAGCGAAGGACUGUGUCAUAUGACUGGCGUAGUUCCAUCUCGGCGAGGUACUUGCCCCUGACGAAGUGUGAUGUGCAACGCCAUUACAUUAUUAACAACGAAUAAAAAGUGUGACUUCUCGAUAUCAUCACCAUCAUCAUCAUUACAAGCAGCAGCUGUGGUACCAACUGCAGGUUCCCCAGCUUGGAAGGACACGGAACUGGUAUUGCUGGAAUACGGAGACGGGGUUUUCUGCGGCCUAAGUUCUUGUCGCUGGUUGGGUUUCCUUAUACGUUGUAAUUGUCUACGGAGCGGUGAAGAACAACUAGUCGGAACGCUAAAGCGGUUCUUAUAAGAAAGAGUGCAAACGGCGGGCCUGCGGGUCUGGACGCCGCUGGACACGGCGGCGGGUAAGAUCAUCACGGCGGAUGCCCCGGAAACGCGCCUCCCCAGCGGACCAAGCCUCUGCAGCUGCAGGGUCGGCUGCAUAAUACAGGGCAGAGGCCAGGCCAAAAGCAGCAUCAGCUGCAGUAACGACAGCAGCACGACCAAGUCGAAAGCAACAGAAGCGGCAGCUGCUGCUGCUGCUGCUGCUAUAAAGAGGAGGAGAAGGAAGAAAAAAACCGUUUGGUGGGCGCCAGCGGCCGCAGCCAAGCUUAGCUCCAUUUUGAACGUUGGCAGCUGUAAUUUCAAUAGUCAAAGAAAGGGCGGGCUAACGUUGUAGUCGCCAUAACAUCAACAGUACCGUUAUUAUAAAGUUGUUGAUCAUUCUGAUAACAACGGCAAAAUCGGCAGCAACAACGAGAAGGAAACAUUGCUUUUAGUUGUGGUUCGGCAGAGUUCAUCUGCCGCCAUUCGCGCAGUAACGACUAGUAGUCAUCACCGGGAUGUCUCGUCACACGGUACGACUUUUGCGGCUUCUGACGCCGCUAACCGCGCUCGGGUCGCUUGUGGCGCAAGGUGUAGCGUUAUUCACCGAUCGCUGGUUGCAAUCUGAGGAGUUGAUGCCCAAUCCACGCUACAACGGUACGGGAGACAAGGAGUACCUUUCCAAGUUCACCUUCAGCGGCUUAUGGAAACUCUGUUACAACGACCCGGGGGACACUGCUCAAAAGUGUAUGAACAUAGACUACUUUCCAACCGAGGAAUACAGCCCGGAUCCAAACGAUUCGACGAUGGCUAUUCCAUAUGCUGUCAAUCGUGCCUCCGCAUUUAUCCUAAUUUCGGCUCUAAUUCUGCUGACGGGUGAGGUUCUCUGUUUGCUCGGUCACCUUUUACGUCGACGGCGAGUGCUCAUCUUCGCUGCGGGCAUCUGUUUCAUUAUAUCGGGAUUAAUGAUUCUCGUCGGCAUGGUCAUCUAUAUAUCCACGUUUAAGGCUGAAGUCGGAGCCAAAUUGAGACCUAAAUCCACGUUUCAGGGUCCACUUUUUAUGUACCGUUACGGGUACUCGUUCUUGUUAGCGGUGACCGGGUUAAUGUCCAGUGAGCUAGCAGGCACCUUUGCAAUCUUUCUCUGUAUCCACAGGUAUCGACAGGAGCUGAAGAAGAAAGGCCUCGACCGCAAGGUUGACUCGUUUCUCCAGCAAAACAAUGAAACUCAUGCGGCACCCUGCAGAAGACACUGUAGCCGCUUUUCGUACACUGGCAGCACAACGGGAAGCGUAACAUCGAUCCAUCCGGGAGGACACGGACACGGAGCCAUAGGUGCAGUUGGGGGCCCAUUGGGCCUUCUAGGUGGCCUCGGAGGAGGUGGCUACGGAACCACGACCUCGGGUACAACCGAUGCCCUUGGCCACUGCCAUAACCAUCAUCAUCAUUCUUCAGGAUCCGUACAUACCCAGCAGCAACAGCAUAGGCACAAUUCAAUUCGAAAGCUGCAGUCCUCUUAUUCCGUGGAGGAGCAAGACUUCUACCAGCGGCGGCGAUCAGUAUCAAACGUUAUCCCGCUAUCGGAGUCGAUGACCGAUCUGACCUACCUUCAUCGGCCGAUCUCCAGAUCCGGCACAGGCUUCACUGAGCGCGCCGCGUCCAGAGAUCUCUCAAGGGAACUAUCCAGAGACUUCACCUGCACGACUGUCUCUACCACGCUUGACACGUUGCGCAGAACCACGCCCGUCUGAUCCGGGAGCAACAAUACUAUUAUAACUAAUAAUAAUAAGUGUGCAUCAGCAACAUCUAGUGAAGUGGGCUCGAGAAACGAGAUAUCCCACACAAACCUGAGACACAUUGGUACAACCUAUUGGAUUAUAUAAUAAUUAUUAUAUAAUACCAUAUCAUUAUAAGAUUUAGCAACGUUUUUUUUAGGUAAAAUCUAUGUGAAACUCCAGUAAGUACAUUCCCUAAGAUUUAUGGGGAAGGCUCUGCUUGUCAGCUAGAGCUUAUAUUCGUUAGGUGUUUCUCCUACGAUCAUUACAUAUUAGCGCUGCAAAAACAGACUGAUGUUGCUGAAACCUAUUGUUAAAAAUAGCUUGUUAAGCAAAAUCGUGCGAAAUCAGUUGAAUGAACAGAAAAUUAAAUAGAUUCAAAUAGUGGGUGGUCGAAAAGUAUUAACUAAAAGCAAAUAUUUUUUGUAUCUUAAAUCAAAAAUAUUAAGCUAAUUGUGGGCCAUUUCUUUUACUAACACCAUAAUCCUAUCACCGCAGAAGUUUCUAAGCAGACAGAUACGUAAAAUAAACUAUGUAUCGCUCGAUUAAAACCAUUAAGAGUUUUGCUGAGACCAAAACAGGUGACUACAGUUUGAAGUUACAAGAUCCGAACCAUACGGCGGACCAAACAUUUUUUAUUCAAUGUUUACCAGGUAACGCUCGUUCUGUUCAUUAGUUCCAGUCGAUUUUUUUAAUGGCUUGCUGUCGUCUGCUUAGUUAUUGACAGUCGAGGUCCAAAACAAUCAUCUUGCCAAGCGGUAAAAGCUCAUAAUGUACGAUUCCUCUCCAAUCUCAACAAAUUAAUUUUUACUGCCAGUUCAGGUGUUGCAAUGGUGGUGAUUUAUUUUGACACAUUAUUAUCGCAAAUCACCUCUGUUUGAUCCUUCGUUGUCAGCCGCUUUAUUCUUCAUUGCAAUUCUGUGAAGUUCAAUAGAUCGAAAUGCGAUCGAGUAACUUCUUAUUGCGUCCAUUCGUGUAGCACCUAAGUUUCGAACUUGUUUCUGUAGAUCACUUGUCUCACAUGAUUUAACCCUGUCUGGCGGUGAAUGUUUGGUUUGUCGGUGACACUCAUAUGUCGACUCAAAAUAAUUUUAUGGAGUUUUUCCAUGAUUGGUCGACCACUAUGGAAAGCAUCUUUCAUAGCGAAAUAGCGUAUCUUAACUUUGGUCCACACAGUUUUUUCAAGCCUAGACAGCAUUUGUGCCUUUGCCAUCUUGUUUUGUAUAAUUAUAAACUAUAGCUAAUGUUUGCAGAAAUUUCAUUCAUCCUUAAAGAGUUCUGUGUUAAGUUUGAAUAGAAGCAUUCUAAUAAUUUCAGAACGUCUACUCCAGAAAUCAUCAGUUUUCAAACGACGCCAACGUUGACUUGACGCGACGCGUAUUAGCUGGGGGGUGAGGACUUUAAAAACAUCUAUCCAGAAACACCGUCAGUGCACCCUUUCGACCACCUAAUAAUAUGUAUGAUGUGUAAUAACUAUACUGACAAACAUUUCAUUUUUUGUUACGUGGCACACAAUGAAAAUGACGAUUGUGGGAUUUAUAAAAAAUCUUUGCUGCAUCUACCAUUAUCAACUUAUUAAAAUCCGAGAUAUUACGAUACACUUCAUGCGGAGCAGUCCGCUACCUAGCAGACGCAUUUACCUGUUGUUGCCCUGAAUGACGUGAUAAGAAGACAAGUCUCUAUCGUUAUUGCUCUCGAAAUAGUACUCGUUCGCACUUUGUAAUAUAAAAUAAUAACACAACCAACAUAUUAAUCUUCUAUAACACAUAUAGUGCUCUUAAGAUGGCACACGCGUGACGUUCAACCUUUGAGCACGUCGAUAAGGGUGCACAAAUGAAACCUUGUUAUUUCAUAUGUGUACCGAUAAAAGCCGUGCAAACAUUCAGGACAAUGUUAUAUACAACAACGACCAAAAUAAAAUACUUCUAAAAUUAUGUUAGAAUCCAUAUGAAGAUAAAGAUGACGUUCGUUUAUCAGAGGCAUUCAUAGAAACUAACCUAUGAUUGAUAUAACGAAAUAAACCAUUAUUUGAUACUAGAACACGUCAACAGGUCACAGUUUGCGCAGGAUCGCUCAUACCUAACUAUAAUAGAAUAAUAAAAAUACUGAUAAUGUUCACAGUUUGAUACAUUGCACCGUUCAAACUUAAGAUCCGAUCCUCUUUACAGGCUGUCAACACCGAUUCAGGUGCCAUGCACAUUUAAAUCCACACGCACAAGCAUAAAUACAGCACACAGAAACACACACAAAUAUAUUAUCACCGAAACUCAAUUUGUGAUGCUGAAGACUAUGUAAUAGGGUUAUAACCGCGUUUUAUUAUCAUGGCUACGAUGGAUCCUUUAAACUCCGGUGGAGAAGAAACCGACCCACUACAAGAUACGAGAUGAAGGAACACUAUUAGAAUAUAUCAAGGGCAAAGAAGGAACUGUUAUAAAGGUCUAACGAUGCAAGUUACAGUGCGAUAAUAAUUCAUCAGAUCGCAGGAAAUGGGCGACUUCUUCCAGAAUUUAAUUUUUCUAUUGCAGCGAGUCUGCUUAGCAUAUUGGUGUAGCAUUGGAGCCUUACGAGAUACUUACGUUAUAACAAUCUACAUCGACCAAAGGUAAAGCGUCAUUAGGCAGACGAAUCUGUUGUCCAUUUAAGCAACGUUAAAAAAUACGUAAAAUAUGUGAAAAAAAUCUCGGUGAAAUUUUUAUACUAUACUAGAUACUACAAAAUCCUUACUAUAAUUGGCGAACUUAAUAGUGCAAAGGAUAUAUUAAUAAAUUCAGGUCCGUUCCGUAUAAGGGCAGUUAUCUUAUAUAUUCACAAGGGAAUAAAAAUUCAUGUUAAUUAAACUGAGAUUAGCAAAAAAGUACUAAGCGACGACAUCUGCUUAUGCGUGAGGCCACAAAAGAGGCAUAACCAGAACAGCUCGGCAAAUUUAUCACAGAUUACUGCUGAAACAAUAAUUGUACACAUACGUACAAAUCUAAACUAUAACCAAUAAUUAUAGCUAUGUACUAUUUUUUCUUGGUCACACAUGUUCCAGCUACCUAUUGAAAUAGAAAUCCGUUCUCGAAGCAAAAAGAAAGAUGCUAUCAACAAACACGUCUCGCACGCGGAAACACAUCGGCUGAUUCUGACACAUGGCGCAGGGGUUCAACCGGCUCCUAGCGAAGGUACUUAUAACGCUGUGAGUUAAUCAAUUACAUUAAUUUAUAUAGCAGCACAAAGCGCCCAUGCAUUACCGUAUCUGAAUAAGCAUAGAAGAAAGUGUUAAAAUGCGAUAUAACAUGAACUGUUGAGGCCUAUGGUAAAAAAGCAAUGACUGCACAAUUCGCCUAUCUAAAGAACGUAACUACAGAAGAGGCCUAUUUCAAUGUCAAUGUUCGCUGUCGAAAAUCUUUAGAAUGACAGCUUACAAAAAAUAUAACCGUACUGCAACCAUAAAUAGACACGAGUAAGUAUCAUGGGGAAGUGCCAAAAAAGAACUCCAAGAGCCAGUUGUUCUAUAAGAAGUUUUGGCAAAAUCAGAGAUUUCCUAAGAAAGCCGAGCACCAAUCAUAGCAGAAACACAGAUUGGCCUUUGUUGAUGAUGGUAUUUCACCUUGACAUCUUGUCUACCCGUUCGUCCUAGGAAAUAGCGCGAGACACACUAGAGGCUUAUUAUAUUUAAGUCUAGCCAUAUUUCCCGGCUGUGAGCGGAUAAACCGUUUUUAGGUUUGAUCCGAUCAUAGCCGGAAGCGGAAAAUCCUGUCCUAAAAAAUCCUGUUCCAAAAAACCCUCCCCACGGACCUUACAAACUCUAUAUAAUAUAUAGGAAUGCCCCUUUUCAUUUUGAUAUAAAUUAUCAUGACACUUAUCUCCUGCCAGCGAUUCCAGCGUCGGUAUUGAUGGAGUGUUGAUGUUGAGAACACAUUGAUUCGUAGCAUCAUACAGCCAAAGAUGAGAGCUGUGCAUUGAGCGCACGUUUUGGUCGUAGCCUGUUACUAAUAUAACUGAUAAUAUGCAACCGUUGUAUGAGAACAUAGUGCCGCUGCAAUGUAAAUCAAAAGGAUGGUAUCCCGAAAAGGACUGAGAGGCCUAAAUAUCCAUGUACAUAAAAUAAGCUGAUCAACACCAAAGAUUGAGUGUUAAGUUUGCUCUCCGUUCAGCUUAGGAGUGUCAACCAAUCCAAUCGUUUGCUAUAUGGAAAAGUACCCGUCACACAAGAAAACAAACGCAGUGAAUGAUCAGAAUUAACUGGUUGUCUCCAAUCGCUCAUCGUUUUUCCGUUUUUCCUCAGUCAAUCAAAAUGAGGAAAUGACCACAAUGAAGGCUAGAUAAAGCGUCAACGUGAGACGCAUCCGCAAUUAAUGUAUAUACUAUUAUAGUUAUAAAGAGACAGCAGCUUGUUACAGCAGUAAUAUCAUCGGAGUAUCAUUGAGUACGAUACACGGUUCAUCCGCGCUAUAAAUACCAUUAUUAUACGAGAGGAUCUCAAAUAGCUAUCAAAGCUAGGACUGAGCACAGGUCUGAACUGUGUCGCUCCCGAUUUUUAAAUAAGUCUAGAAGACAGCUUGAGGAAAAAUUUAAUCAACGGAAUACAGAAUGCCUUUCUUUCCCGUUUUUCAUUACCAUCCGGAUGCAAAAUAGGUUACGAUCUGUCAACUUUGAAUAUCUGAACAUACACACACGAACAUGUUCAAGCUAAACGGUAGUUUUUGGUAAAUGUUUCACUUUAAUUACUUCGUUGGGAGAAAAAUAAAAAAUACUUCUAGAAUUUGGUACUUGCGAGUAAAAACUUUUACUUGAGGUCAGUUUUGUCCCUUAGUUUUUCUUUGAUCAUUAAAAUGGGCCAAGAAUAAGAAAAGGAUAUUUUCACAAGAGUAAGUACCAAAACAUAAUUUUAAAAUGUUCAAUAAACAUAGGGCUGAGGAAAGUGUGAGCGAUUAUGUGUCGCAAGUUCUCAGAGUUCUGAGGGAACUGAUUAACACAGUAAUAACGCUUCGCAUCGUUAUCCGCAAGGCAAAGCUCAGCACGAACCCGUAACACGUACCUAUUACCUAAUAAAAUUUAUCGCAGCGAAUGUCUUUUGGCAAUUGAGAGUAAGCGAAAAUGUCGCGUUAGGGUGAACAGGUGUGGGCAUACUUACAAGCAUGUUGUACUAUAUAACAAUAUUAAUAAUAAAAAUGAUAACUACAAUGCUGAAGUAGAAAGCAUCUAAUUGAUGACUCUUUUUAAAAACUUUCUACUUCAAAGUGCAUCUUCUUUGAAACGUGUAGUCGGGUGCCAGUGUCCUGCUGGGAACGGUUCCUCACGUCGGCUAAGUCUCCGUCUCAAUUCCCAACUCGAGUUCUUGACUAACAUUGAUACCCAUAGAAUAGACUAUCGUUGGAAGCAUUAAAUAUCUCGUCCACGGCCUACUACGCCAGAUCAGUAUCACCCGGCUCACCUAAUAAUUUUUUUUCUACAGUCAGUAAUAUAAGGUAAAUGCCUCUAUUCAUUCAGUAUCGUUCUAAGUGAUUUUACUAACGAAAUACAUCUUUAGACUAGAACAACAAACGGAAACCGUUUCGCAGUCAACUGUAGUAAGAUGAAUUCUCAAACACUAUCAGCAAUUUUUGAGGUUUUCUUUAAAAUGGCUAAAAGCGUUCGGUUUUUUUCAUUCUAACAAAAUGGCAGAACAGAGGAGACUUCAAUGCUUGUGUGUUUAAUAACGGAUCUCAAUGUAAUGUAUAUGCAAUCUAGUAGUAGGAGCCGAAAGACUUCGAUAUCCGUUGUAGCCUAGAGCUCGCCACCUGAGGACGUGAACUCAGCUGUCUUGAGCUAUAGACAGUUCCAGUUUUGCCUUUUCUAGGCUUCGUUUAGCUGACAGUGCGUCCGUACAUUCAGGCACCACAGGAAAGGAUGACACACAGGAUGAAGCGAGACAGGGAGAGAGGAAGAGAGAAAAACAGAGGGAGAAAGUGCGACAGCAAAAAUGUAAGAUCAACAAUGCGAUUACUAGUUUCGCAAAGAACUAAACAAACACUCGAAAGCCUCUGGAAAUUAUCUGCUCUGGUGCUAUGAAUAUUAGGGUUCAAUCGGGACUGAGUGUCUCGAUAACGGUCCAUUGACGACCGUCCUGCCACCACCCGAGAAGGCAAGCUAAUCCAUUCCGGUCAUAUAUUUGCAUAAUAGUGUUUGGGCAUCUUGCGCAUGAGCGCGCGUAGUGCAGUAGUAACGUGGUUGCAUAGUAAAUCUAGGGAGUUCGAAUCCGGACUUCGUUUCGUACUGGGAGCCAGCCAGCUGAACUAACGGCUGACGUCGUAGAACUUGAAAUCAUUAAUUUAUAGGUGCAGGUAAUGACUUACGAUAUCUGACAGUUGGUAUAUGGCUAGAGCUUACGACGAAAUCAGUCCACAAUAUACACGGAGCGGAGGAUGAGAAGACUGCGAACAAACAACUGUUGUGAGUGUGAAAUGGUGACGAUUCAAAAAACUGCCCAUGUUCAGACAAGAGAGAACAAUGUCCACGCGAUUAAUUACCAGUUUGAAAAGAUUUGUUAUUGAUAAUCGUAAUAACAAGGUUAUAUAAGAAUGAUAAUCGAUGCAGCCAGUGCUCGUAUAUCCCGCAUUCAAAACGAUGAGUAUAACCAGAGAGGAAAAUGGUAUCAUACAUAGACCAUAGUUUCCGUUGUCGCUGCGGUCACUGUCGUAAUCGUCACCAUUUUCAUUUAUGGUGACAAUGAUGAUUGCAACGAUGAAGAGAACAAUGGCUUUCGCUCAAGGUCCGAAACAGAAAAUGAGUAUAAACUGAAAAACUGGACCGUGUACAAAUACGCAGACACAACAAAACAGCUAUAAAUAAGAAAAAUAAUAUUAAACAGUAAGUAGAAAUUUCAAUAAAAAGGAAGAUUCUUUUCCUUUUCACGUAAUGUUAUAGAAUGAUAGAAAUGGAGCAUUGGACUCGUAAUAGCAACAACAGCAGAUCCGAAUAAUUGCUUGAUUUGCGUCUGGCAUCCAGUGUGGAAGUGUAUACGUGCUUGUGUGUCCCUUUACAACACCGGGAAGAUAAAAACAUUAAGAAACAAACGAGUAGCUGCUCGACUUUAUGUGUCGUAAUUAUUGAAUAACGUAGUGAAAAGCCAUUACGUGUCCCCGAUGCGCGCAACCAAGCGAAAGGAGGUUCUAUGAGAAAAACAACUACACAAGUUUGAAAUGGUAAAUGUUGAAGACGGUGGGAAGUAAAACACGAGUCAUUUAGGAAUAUAAUAGUUAUCUAGGGGGUAUAAUAAACACCUCUAAAUCCAGCUAGAAUUUUUAAAGAGCGCUCUAACAUGUAUAACAAAGCCAAAAUAAAAACCGGUGUAAGAAGGCCCAGUUGGUGAAUGAAGUUUCAAAGAAAACAGACAAAAAUAUGAAGACAUAUUUACUACAGGCCGAUUUCUUUUUGUGCUAAAGAGACAAGUAUUAUCAGUUUGUUUGGGUCACGUAAAGAGUAGCAAGGAGACUACACUAUUGGAUCAGUCACAUGAUCUAGUAAAAAUUAUAGACGACCUAUUAGUCGGGUUAGCCCACCAGUAGAUGGGCUCCUGGCAGCAUCUGUUGGCGGAAACAUCGCACUUCGGCGCGGCUCGUGCUGUAUAACUUAGAAAAGAUCAGUGAAUGUUCAACGCAGAGUUAAGUCGAUAGGGUAAUCAAAAAGUCAUUGAUUGACAGUCUUACUAAAUGAUUGCGCGUUUGAUUUGAUCAUGUUAUGCACACAGUAAGGAUAAUGGUUACUAUAAUAGAAAUAAGUUACCAUUAAAACAGUGAUUAUAUGAUACAUAUUCUUAAACCAUGGAAACUAUAUGAUUGAAUGUUUGUGAGAGUGUGUACGUAGCCGUUAGUUCUAUAUUUACUAUCGUUAUAGAUAAAACAAAUCCAGAUAGAUGUGUGCGAUGCAUUCUCACCACAUUCUCUGCCACUCUCACAACUUAUACACUUUUUAUUUAAUUGGGGUGUUAAAAGUGAAUUCGGCGGACUUUGAAAUUGAAUAAGCUUCGAAUUAACUAGGCUAGAAUGAUGAUUUUCAUAUAAAUAAAAAAUUACUCUCCUUUAAUGCCUACACACUUGUCUCGGAGCUUUAUCGGCUUAGUUCCAUUCGCGUCCCCAUAUAUAAUUCCUCUGUGGCUUUUCAAAGUAAAUCUAUAGUGGAAUAUUCUUGCCCAUUGGUUACUCUUUUUCAGACCUGACAAGUUUCGUAUUGAGAUGACUGGGAGCAUAAGUUGGUUGAAGCCAAUGUUGGAUAUUCGUUUGCUCUAUCCAGGAAGUAAUUGAAGCAUGAUCAUAGGGUCUAGCAUCGUCAUUAAGUUCUUUCGAUUAUCAUGCCAGCAACCCAUGAGUCUCUUAAGGAGCUCGAAUUUGCUGACUGAAUUCGUUCUUUAUUUGCCGGUGAGCGCCUCAUAGUGGCUGAUGCUACUAAUGUCCAUUAUAAGUGCUAUCAUUACCUUACGUCCGCAAAUCUUCGACACUGGUACAGAACUCGAUUUUCCUCUGAAGGAACACAAUUCUUUCACCUAGUCCCUCGCUGGCUGGCAAUGAAGGCUAGAUAAGGCCUAUAGCGACCGUACGCUUCAAGCCAGAUUUUGGUUAAUUAAAGUUGCUCGUGGAAUACGUUACGCGAAUUUCCAAUUGACCUAAAAUCAAUUUACAGCGAAACCGUUCUUAACUUGGCAUCCGCAUUUUAUUUAUUCAUAUAGAUAGUUCUUCAACGGUUACAUACGAAAUGCUAAUUUUGGCCAACAGCGCCCUUCGACUCCCAACUUGUGUUUCCUUGCUUAAUGUCUCGACUAGUCUUUAAUUUAUAAUAAUAAAUAAGUCUUGGCAGUGCUGCUAUUUUUACAAAAGUUUAACUACUGGGCACUCAUUUUUGAGACUUCUCUUCAACUAAUCUUCGCUUGUUUAAACUUCACCCAUAAAUUUCUGAGUGUUUAAACAAAUUUCAUUUGCUAAUGGCAUCCAGUGCUGAAAUUAUUUACUUUGAAAGUCCAUCAGAUUCGUUUGCAGUAGUCCAAUAUAUACCGAGCUGAAGGUCAACAGUUUUAAUAACGAAAACAUGACUACGUUCAAAUAAUGAGCAGACAAUGCUUUUUAUGCAGAGAAAUUUACAAACUAUAAAAAAGAAACGAGGUAAAAACAUCUCAACAAUCUACAUCAUCCUCUUGCUCAGAAAACGAGAGCACACCUUAUCAAAAUAGUCUAGCGAUUCCUUUCUAUCAUCAAAGUUUGCUGCUAUUUGCCUAACAUAAAAAUUAAUAAAAGUGAGUCUGGAAGUGUUCUUUCCACAAAAGACUCUACAAUGCGUAUUCGAACAAUGUUGUUAGCUUCAUCUAUAACGUAAUGAUUCGGCAAGUCAACUAACUGCAUUUCGGCUACUCGUUCAAGGGUAGCAAAGCUUACGUCUUUUCUAUUAGCUCAGGAGAAAAAUACCGAUAACGGCCUCAGUAUCAGAUCCACAACGCCAUAAUGAUCUGCAAUAACAUCAAAUCCGUGACCUAAUUCAUAAAGAAUUUAUAAUACCCUAUUUUAGUAUGAGCAAACUGGACGUCAGUUUAAUACAGUUUCACGUUAAACGAACUCAUGUUCCGAGCACCAUAUUACACUGUACCCGAAUGUUUGACAUUUGCCGUUCGCUGCCCGCAUUCGUCAACAUACUAAAGACUUACGCAUGCCGUGCAAGACUUUCAUGUAAUCUCGAAUGAUAUAAAAUCAUGAUCGUAAUUAGUCGACAAUUAUUAUUAUUAUUAAUACUAUCCUAUAGUAAAGUCGACUGGUUUAUACUCUGCAAGCAUUAGCGACCUGUAGCAUUCGAAUAAUGAGAAGUUGCCAUUGAGAAUAAGGGCAUAUUUACGGCUAUAUUACGGCAAGCGGAAUAGACGUCGACAUUGUGCAUAAUAAAUUUAAACGCAUCUAAUGUAUAGCUCGCACGCAGUGACAGGGGGCAUUAGCAAGUAAAUCAAUAGAUAAAUAUGUUGGUAGGCGAAGAAGUUUCGCUUGAGAACAAACGGAAAAGACCAUAAACAAUCGAAUAACAGGAUGAAAUACGCGACAUUCAUACUACGUUGUAAAAUGGGAUGAUAGGAGGCAAAAUCAUCUAAAAAUUUCGAACACUGAGAGGAAAUAGAAGCGGCAUGAGUAUGUCAGAUACAUCGGAAAUAGGACAUGGCACAGCAGGAGUAUGGAUGAAUAAAAAGCACUUGCUCAGAGAACACGAAGUUCUCGACGAUACCUGAAUCUUGACGACGUUUAGACGUUCAGACUCGACUGCAGCAGCAUACCGAAUCUGAAUAGCCCGCACCCCCUGACGAUGUUAGAGGUUGUGAACUGUUAUUAUGAAAUGAUCAUUAGCACAAGGCAUCAAAACUUAAACAAACUUUAGAAAAAUAAGGCUUUACAGAAAAGUCUGGCUUGACAUGGAAGCAGCAGCAUGAAAUGUUAUAGAAUAAUACGGAUGAAAUUGACUGCCCACUUUAAACGCGUAGUAGUCCUUAUAGAGUUCUUAGUUGACGUUCCUGAUAAUUGUCAUUAUUUCUUUAUUUAAUCAUACUUGUGUUAUUAUGUAUAACUUAUGUCAUUGAUAAUGCAGCUAGCUAACAUAAUGCCAAAAAGCGACCACAGAAAAGAUGUUUAACGUCUGACGGAAUUCGAAGAAACUGUACAGGAAUUCACUGUGUAUCAAUACAAUUUUCUUACGGUUCGUAUAGGCAUUCGUGUUAUGUAUGCGAGCCUCGCGUUUCUGCUACGACUAUUCGAUAAACUUUGAUAAGCAAUAACUGUAGAAUACUGCUACGUUUCAUUCUUGGCCCAUGUCUGGGCUAAUAAGCAAAGCUAUUAUCUACAAUCUAUUAUAAUAUAUUGUAAUAAUGUUAUAAAUCGUCUACUCAUUUAUUGUAUUUAAGUAGCGUUGUGUCAACAUUGCUUCUUAAAAAAAAUUAAAAAAAUUGAGCUGGUAACCAAAGCCACAUGUCAAACUUGGUUCAUUCUCUAAUUCCGGCCUGAGUGAUUUAGGCAUUCACGUACUGCUUUUUUUAUUUAUCAAUUAUAGUAUAUGGCUACCUGCUGUCGUAGAAGUUCAUUAUUAUUUACAAUGGAGGUCAGUUCUAUAUUUUGACGACAGACAGACGGCAGGCAGGUUUUUAUUACCUAAAGCAAAGACAAUCGUAUUUCUGAUACAGGUGUAUGCCCGGUCGACUUUAUCUGGCUCUUGACGUCAUAAUUAAAAACAAAUCAUUAUGAGUUGAUAUCUUUAAACCUUGAAUGAUAAGAAUAUCGCUCUAACAAUAGAAUAGAAGGAUAACCAAGACCAUUUAGCACGAUAAUUUCUUUAGUACUUACUUAUCGAUCGGGGUGGCGGGCCUCGAUCACUCCACAUUUGCCGCAUUGAGACAGCGUCCUACAAUGAGACGUUUAAUUGUUGCAAACAUAUGUGUAUAUAAACGGGGAGAGAGAGAGAGAGCAAUCUGUGGACUAAUACAUCAUUUAAUAUUGUACAAUAGAGCAAAUUACAUAAUGACAACAGGUAAUAAUUAUUAUUAUUGAUCGAUUUGAAAAAUAACACACACAUACACACACAUAUAUAUAUAUAUAUAUAUAAUU